AUGUAUAUAUUUCCGAAAAACCAUGAAGGACUUAAGAUAACGAGUAGGCUGUAUGGAUUUGCAAUGACGGUACUAGGAUACAGACGAUUACUACAUUUUAAACCUGUUACCACCUCGCUUUGUGAUGUCAACACCCAUAUCAACAUCUCAUUACGAGGUAUAGGGCCUGGCAAGCAUUCGGGUAGGAAAUUGAAAUGCUGCAACUAUCAAAAUUGUUUCGGAGCAGUUCCCUUCAUGUAUCGAAUUCAAAAUUGCCUGCUUCUAGUUGGUGUUCGGAGAUGGCCACCCUGUGAGAAGAGGCCGGAAGAGAAGCACGAUGGCGGGGAGGAUUUUUGGAUUGCCGAGACGAACGUUACUGCUCAAGAAAUAGGGACUUGCAACACCGACGGAAAACCCGGGUCAAAGGAAACUAACCCCUCGUCCUUGAUCCGUCGGCAACCCCACGAAGUUGGCUCCCAAUUGAAGCAUACCCGGCAAUGCUAUUGGCUGAUUGGAGAUCUUCCAUACCCUGGUGUUGAAGUGCUGAAGUUCCCUACUAACCGGCGAUGCACGCUUUGGUCAAAAGACAGCCACCAGGGUGUUUUACCCCUGCUUCGCAUUGAGGUGAAAGUUGCCGUCGCGAUAUAUCGGACUUCGCUGAGGGAUUUAUGCUUUGGUGGUGUGCAGCAGCGUGGAAAUAGAGGCUUGGAGAGUUUCCUGGGCGAAGGAGAGUUCACUACAGAAUCUCCCGCAUCGUCAGGCGCAGUUCCUACUUCUCCGCCUUCAUUUCGAGUUCGACAAUGUCUUGAUUACCUCACCCUACCGCCCUAG